CUUGCAAUCAUGUUAUUGCUUUCUUCUGUUCUUGACACAACCUCGAGUUUUAAACCAACUUUGUAUGACCUGCGUGAUGCUCCAUUUCUGAACUACUGGUAUAUCACUAGAGUAGAGAGGAAUCUGCGACGUUAUUGAUGUUCCUGACUGAGAGCAGCAUAUAGAAAAGGGAUGGUCAAUUUCAGUAUGGUAUGGUAAAAGGAUCAAGGGGACUCUGGGAGAUAAAGUAGCAGCUGGGAUCAGUCCCUUAUUUGAUUAUUGGUUUCUGUGCUUUUGUCUAAUGGAAUUUUCUUCUUUUCCCUCAAAAUAGAAACCAGUGAGAGAAUGAAGACCACGGGGAGCCAGCCAUAACAAAGCCUGUCAUAGAAUCGCAGCCUUUUGGAAGGCAAAAAAGAAUGGAAACAAAAAGCAGGACCCAUGUUAAAAACCUGAAGACCUCCUCUUCCUUCCAGCAUCUUGAUCAUUCUGAAACUCCAGCCUCAGAAUCAAAUAAAACUGACUGUCCUGACUGUGGGAGACUUUGCAAAUGCCAUGCUCAGUUAAACAUAGAUACCAAGCUCUACAAAGGAGAUAAAUCAUGGAAAUGCAUGGAUUGUGGAAAGAGCUUCGCGUGCAGUGGAGGUCUGCGUUCCCAUCAAAGGACCCACACAGGGGAGAAGCCAUACAAAUGCAUUGAGUGUGGAAAGAGCUUCCGUAAUAGUGGAAAUUGUGAUAGGCAUCGAAGGACUCACUCAAUGGACAAUCCACAUAAAUGCAUUGAAUGUGGAAAGAGCUUCAGUCGAAGUGACAAUUUGCGUUCCCAUCAAAGAAUACACGCAGGGGAGAAGCCAUAUAAAUGCAUUGAAUGUGGAAAGAGUUUCUGUGAUAGGGGGAAUUAUAGAAUCCAUGUAAGGACCCACACAGGGGAGAAGCCAUACAAAUGCAUGCAAUGUGGAAAGAGCUUCAGUGAGAGUGGAACUUGUAAAAAGCACGUAAGGACCCACACAGGAGAGAAGCCAUACAAAUGCAUGGAAUGUGGAAAGAGCUUCAGGGUGACUGCACAUCUGAAUUCCCAUCAAAAAAUCCACACAGGGAAGAAACCAUAUAAUUGCAUGGAAUGUGGGAAAAACUUCAGUCGGGGUACACAUCUGCGUUCCCAUCAAAGGACCCACACAGGGGAGAAGCCAUACAAAUGCAUGGAAUGUGGAAAGAGCUUCUCAGAAAGUUGCAGCUUGCAAGUACAUCAAAGAUUCCACACAGGAGAGAAGCCAUAUAAAUGCAUUGAAUGUGGAAAGAGCUUCCGUGAGAGUGGGAGUUAUAGAACUCAUGUAAAGACUCACACAGGGGAGAAGCCAUACAAAUGCAUUGAAUGUGGAAAGAGCUUCCGUGAUAGUGGGAGUUAUAGAAUCCAUGUAAGGACUCAUACAGGGGAGAAGCCAUAUAAAUGCAUUGAAUGUGGAAAGAGCUUCCGUGAUAGUGGGAGUUAUAGAAUCCAUGUAAGGACUCACACAGGGGAGAAGCCAUAUAAAUGCAUUGAAUGUGGAAAGAGCUUCCGUGAUAGUGGGAGUUAUAGAAUCCAUGUAAGGACUCAUACAGGGGAGAAGCCAUACAAAUGCAUGCAAUGUGGCAAGAGCUUCAGUCAGAAUAGAUCAUAUAAGAAACAUCUAAGGACUCACACAGAAGAAACCAUAUAAGUGCAUGGAAUGUGGAAAGGCCUUUAGCAAUAGUAGCUCAUGUAGGAAAACUGAACAACUCACAUGGGUGAAACCAUGGGAAUGCAUGAAAUGUGGGAUGAAAUUCAGUGGACAUACUCAUUCUGUUUUGAAAUAGCAACCUUCUUAAGCCUCUGCUAGUUAUUUGUUAUGUACAUAAUUGCUUACUGUAUUAUAUGUGUGUGUUGCUUUCAAAUUUCACCUAAUCUGUUUGUUGUGGGAGGAGCUGCAGACUCUGUGAUCAGAAGUAGACAUGUUCAAGACUCAGACUCCAUAUUAGUUAGUAGAAGUCAGUAGACUCUUAGAGUAGAACCCAGCUUGUAACUCUCUCGAAAAAAGAGAUCAGAUGAGUCUGGCAUGACUUGUUUUUGAUAAAUCCGUGUUGACUAUUAGCGAUGACUGCAUUUGUUUCUAAGUGUUUGUAGACCAGUUCCUUAAUCUUUUCCAGAAUUGAUACCAGGCAAGAUUCUGGAAAAUAUUGUUAAGGAAUUGAUGUGCAAACACUUUUUUUU